AACGGCACCGACUGUCUUCAUUUGUUAUUCUCUGGGUCUGUCAUCUCCUCUGUCUGCUGAUUUCACUGCUCUGCUCAGCCAUGUCGGACGCAGAAGAGGAAUACGAGGAACAGACUGAAGAAGUUGAGGUAGAGGAGGCUGAGCCUGAGCCGCAGGAGGAGGCGGAGCCGGCUGAGGAAGAGGAAGAAGAGCAGACAGAGUACCAAGAUCAAGAUGCUCAGGAAGAAGAGGAGGAGCGCCCUAAACCCAAACCUAUGGUGCCCCAACUUGCACCUCCAAAGAUUCCUGAGGGAGAGAGGGUGGAUUUUGAUGACAUCCACCGGAAGCGCAUGGAGAAGGACAUGCUGGAGCUCCACACUCUGAUCGAUGCACAUUUUGAGCAGAGAAAGAAGGACGAGGAGGAGCUUAUUUACCUGAAGGAGAGAAUUGAACGCCGCCGCUCUGAGAGAGCUGAGAUCCAGAGGGUUAGAGCUGAGAAGGAAAAGGACAGACAGCACAGGAUUGCGGAAGAGCGUCAGAGGAAGGAGGAGGAGGAGGCCAAGAAGAAGGCAGACGACGAUGCCAAGAAGAAGAAAGUGCUGUCCAACAUGGGAGCAAACUUUGGAGGCUUCCUUGCCAAGGCUGAGUCCAGGAAAGGCAAACGCAUGACAGCCAGAGAAAUCAAGAAGAAAACUCUGGUUGAAAGACGGCAGCCUCUAGGUAUUGAAAACCUGAGGGAGGAUGCACUGAAGAAACGGGCUCAGGAUAUGUGGAACUGGAUUUACCAGCUGGAGUCUGAAAAGUUUGACUACAUGGAGCACAUGAAACACCAGAAAUAUGAGAUCAUUGUGUUACUGAACAGGAUCCAGCAUGCUCAAAAAUUUAAAAAAGGCCACGGCAAAGCAAAAGUGGGCGGUCGCUGGAAAUAAAAGCACCAAAACUCAAGUGGGAAGCAUUAAGGAUACCUGAGGAAGAAGAAACUUUUCUGUUCCAUGAUCUUAGCGUCCUGUUUGCAGACAAUUUUAGUGGGUAAAGAUGACAACUUGAACAUAAAUUAUAAUAAAACGUUCAUCCACUAA